GCCAGUGGGGAGGCUGGUUUCGCUUUGGAGAGCAGCGAGCGCUGCCCUGCGGGCACUGGGAGCUGAGCCCGGUGCGCCCUACAGCCAGGUCCGGCUCCUGCCCACUGCCCCCAUGGCUCUGCAGAGGCUCUGCCGCGGCAGCGGGGCGCUCGGCUGCAGGAGGAGCUCCGGCCUGCAGGGCCAGCUGCCGGGGGAGCUGGUGGAGGCCCUGCGAGCCGUGGUGGGGAGCCCGAAUGUGUCCACAGCCCUGGCUGCCCGGGAGCAGCACGGGAGGGAUGAAUCCAUGCACAGGUGCAGUCCACCGGGCGCCGUGGUCUGGCCCCAGGAUAUGGAGCAGGUCAGCAAGCUGGCGGGGAUCUGCUACAGUCAUGGUGUCCCCAUCAUCCCCUUCAGCACUGGCACGGGCCUGGAGGGCGGCAUCACCGCAGUGAGGGUACGGAGCGGGGGCCCAGGGGGCGGCGUGUGCUUUAACUUGACCCGAAUGGAUCGCAUCACAGCGCUCAGCACUGAGGACUUCACUGUGGCCGUGGAGCCGGGGGUGACCCGCAAAGCGCUCAACAACUACCUGCGGGACACCGGCCUCUGGUUCCCUGUCGACCCUGGCGCUGAUGCAUCCCUGUGCGGCAUGGCGGCCACCAGCGCCUCGGGCACCAAUUCUGUGCGCUACGGCACCAUGCGCCACAACGUGCUCAACCUGCAGGUGGUGCUGGCCGAUGGCAGGGUGCUGCACACGGCUGGCCAGGGCCGCCACUUCAGGAAGAGCGCUGCUGGCUACAACCUGACGGGGCUGUUUGUGGGCUCCGAGGGGACACUGGGGCUCAUCACCCAGGCUACGCUGCGGCUACAUGGCAGCCCUGAGGCCACAGUGGCAGCCGUGUGCGCCUUCCCCAGCGUGCAGGCAGCGGUGGGCUGCACGGUGCAGGUGCUGCAGGCUGGCAUUCCCGUGGCCCGGAUUGAGUUCCUAGAUGACGUCAUGAUGGCUGCCUGUAACCAGUUCAGUGGCCUGAGCUACACCGUGUCCCCCACGCUCUUCUUGGAGUUCCACGGCUCGCCCAGCAGUGUGGAGGAGCAGGUCCUGCAGGCAGAGGAGAUUGUGCAGCUGAAUGGCGGCUCAGACUUUGCCUGGGCCCGGGAGCCGGAGGCAAGGAACAAGCUGUGGGCCGCUCGGCACAAUGCCUGGUAUGCGGCCUUGGCCCUGCGCCCCGGAAGCAAGGGCUACUCCACGGACGUGUGCGUCCCCAUCUCUCGGCUGCCCCACAUCGUGGGAGAGACCCACAGAGACCUGCAGGAGUCGGGGCUCACAGGCCCGAUAGUCGGGCAUGUGGGCGACGGGAACUUUCAUUGCAUGCUGGUGUUCGACCCAGCUGAUCCGGCCGAGAGCCAGCGUGUUGAGGAGUUUGCAACCCGACUGGCCAGACGGGCCCUAGCCCUAGGUGGCACCUGCACGGGCGAGCAUGGCGUCGGCCUGGGCAAGCGCCAUCUGCUGCGGGAGGAAAUCGGGGAGCUGGGACUGACCGUCAUGAGGCAGAUCAAGGCCGCGCUGGAUCCCAAGAAUCUCAUGAACCCUGGGAAGGUGCUGUGAGGGGCACCACCCACCCUUGCCCAGUCAGCCUAGAGCACCCAGCGCUGACACGGCAGGUUCCCUCCCGAGCCUGCAGCUGUCACUCCCCCUCCCCAUGCAGACAGGGACUCGGAGUGGGGCAGGGGGAGCCCCCGAGUCUGGGCCCUUGAGCCGAGUUGAGGCCAGUGGAUCGUAUGUGCCAUGGGAGGGAGGGACUGGAAGCAGUAGAAGGCAGCAGGCUUAAUGUCAGCAAACCCCUUCCUGUCCUCCCUGCCUCUCCUGGCCCUGGGCUCCCCCACAGCUCUGCUACUACUCCACUUCACCUUUCCCAGCCCUAGGCUCCCCCCUCACCUCUGUCCCAGCCCCGCCCCCGCCUCUCUCUGCCCUAGGACCUCCCAGCUCUGUCCCAGCUCCCCCCACUGCCUCUCCCAGCCCUGUGACUCCCCCUAGCCUGCUAUCACCCCCCUAUCCCCCGGUCACCUCUUGCGGCCCCAGGCUCCCCACUCUCAGCUCUGCCUCAGCUCUUCUGCCUCUUCCAGCCCUAGGACCCCACCCCAGUUUUGCUAGUGGCCUUGUGACAAUGUGGGGAAUAUUCUUAACAGUUUGUAUGAAUACUGUGUGGGCCUCAGUUUCCUCUGUGUGCUGCUGUUUACCAAGGGGAUGGGUGAGGGGGUUUGGUGUUGCAGAGGCCCAGGUGUGACCCUGCCUAGCAGCCUGGUCUGGACGCUGUGACUCAGCCACUGCUGACUACGCGGCCCUGCCCAUCUUGGAACCCACCGGGUCCGGCCAGCGGGAGAGCAAGGGGCUGGAGAGGGCCCAGGGGGAUGUGUGUGCCCGGAACAAAGACAAAGGACAGAGAAGGGGCCUUUGAGGAGGUGGUAGAGGGGGGUCAGCUGGAUGGACAAAAAGGGGCUGGCCCGCUGGGACUCGGCCAGACCCAGUUACUGUGCGGUAACUUCCUACUCUGUGUUCCCCACGUCCAAUAACCUGCUGCUUUA